AAGAUGCAGUGGACCCCAGAGCACACCCAGUGGGCGGAGCAGCACUUUGACAUCUCCUCCACCACACGCUCUCCAGCGCACAAAGUGGAGUCGUACCGCGGCCACCUGCAGAGGACGUAUCAGUACGCCUGGGCCAAUGACGACAUCUCCGCUCUCACCGCCUCCAACCUGCUCAAGAAGUACGCCGAGAAGUACUCAGGCAUCCUGGAGGGGCCCGGAGACAGGACCCUGCUGUGCUCCUACUCUGAGAGCUCCACUGGACUCAUGAACGGACGCAAGGCCGACAAUGAGUCCUGGCAGGAGGGUAUUUACCCAAUGAACUGUGCUCCAGAUGUUAUAUCUGUGAGCAAAGCAGGCAUGACAGCUGCCCUGCCCCCCUCUGAGGCCUCUGCGAGCAUGGGCAGCUCCCCCGGGGUGGCCAGCAGCCUGUCGGAGCCCUGUUACUCCAGCAGUAACUGUGGGAGCCACACAGCCACUACCCUGCACUCAGGCCUGGGCUCUCAGGAGUACAGCUCCAGCUACAGCGCCCCCUACCUGCACUCUUACAGUGGACAGAGCACCCCUGCACUGCCCUCCCCUCACCCCUCUCCUCUGCACAGCUCCGGACUGCUCCAGCCUCCUCCUCCCUCUUUAGUCUCCAGCUACAACGCUGGCUCUCCAAACCUGCCUAACUACAAUUACCCUUCAACAGGCUAUUCCUCUCAGAGUGCAGUGGGUCCCGGUUACAGCCCUGGGGGUGCCCCCCCUCCUUCUGCUUAUCUGCCGUCCGGUUUAGCUGCCCCCACACCCAUCCCUCCCUCCACCCUACCCGGCUACACCUACCCCUCCCACAGCCACACCCCCCUCACCCCCACCCCUCUGAACGGCAGCGCGUCCGGCUCAUUAAAGCGAAAGGCUUUCUACAUGAGCACACAUGGAGAUGUGGACUCCAGCUACGCUCACUUCAACUACAGCCAGCAGCGCUCUGCACACAGCCCCAUGUACAGGGCCCCCGACAGCAGCGUGCCCGACUCCACUCGUGCUAACGCCUUUGACAGGGGCACAGAGGGCUUUAAGACGAGCAAACAGCCCUCUGAUGCUCAGAGGAAGUUCAGCGGAACUCCAGGCAGAGCACUGACUCCUCCCUCUUAUGGAUGCACUAAGGGCUCCGGCCCUGACCACAGACCUGAGGCCUACAGCUCUGAGCUGGGCUCUGGCUCCUCGGUCCACGCUGCAGAGGAGCAGCUCAAGAAUAGCGACUCCAGCUUGGUGGAGCUAGUGAGCACAGAGGUGUUGCAGCCAGGGCCCCCUGUGGACUGGAGUGACAUUGCAGGUCUGGAGAUGGUCAAAGCCACCAUCAAAGAGGAGAUCCUGUGGCCACUGCUAAGGCCGGACAUGUUCAGUGGACUGUCCACUUUACCGCGCAGUCUGCUGCUCUUUGGACCUCGGGGCACAGGGAGGACUCUGCUGGCCCGCUGCAUGGCCAGCCAGCUGGGGGCAGUGUUCCUGCGCCUGAGUGCCUCGGCUCUGGUCACUAAGUGGUUAAGUGAAGGGGAGAAGAUCCUGCAGGCCUCUUUCUUGAUGGCGCGGUGCAGGCAGCCGGCCGUGCUCUUCAUCAGUGACGUAGAGCUGCUGUUAUCGGCUCAGCUCAGUGAGGACAGUCCAGUGAAAACUCUGAAAAGUGAGCUGCUGCUGCAUUUAGACAGUGUACUGAGCUCCACACAGGACCAUGUGCUAGUGGUGUGCUCCUCCAGUAAACCUGAGGACAUCCCUGAGGCUCUGAGACGGUACUUCACUAAAAGACUGCUGGUGCCUCUGCCCGAUGGAGCGGCCAGACACCAGAUGAUCAGCACUCUGCUGGCUCAGCACAACUACUGCCUGAGUGAGAAGGAGCAGGCUCUGCUGGUAAAGCGGACUGAGGGUUUUUCUGGGCUGGAUGUAGCACAGCUCUGUCACGAGGCUGUGGUGGCUCCUCUCCACGGCAUCCCCCCCUCUGAACUGUCCAACAUGCACCCCAGCCAAAUGAGACCUGUGGCCUACCAGGACUUUGAAAAUGUAUUCUGCAAAUUUCAACCCAAUAUAUCACAGAAAGAACUGGACAUGUACACAGAGUGGAACAAAAUGUUUGGUUGUAGUCAAUGA